AUGAAAAAUAUUUUUAGUUAUUUCUACGGAUCAUCUGUAAUCAGCUCUUAUAUAUGAUAGGAUAGCAAAACUAAUGAGGUUAAAGAUCCGAAGCUUGAUUAACAAUUCGAAACAUUUCUCUUUGAAUUUACUUCGAAUGAAUAUUUCCCUUUAUAUGAGAAAUGGACAAAAGGUGAAGAACAAGAAUACAUAGGUCUAUAGUUAUUCAUGAUUUUAGAUUUCAAGUUGUAAGACAUAGAGGACAUUUAUUUAAAUAACUAUGACUAGCAGUUGAAAUUUUAAUAGGAGGAUACAAACUUAGUAGAUUAUAUUGUAUAAGAAGAUGAUACUCUAUUCGGAUUGGAAUUGAAAUUUAAUAUUAAGUAAUGAAGAAGUUAAUAAUAAAGUUAGAACAGAAUUUUAAAAAUAAAUGACAUUUCCCCAGAGUGCUUUGUUCCUGGCAUGAAGAUAAAAAUUCCUGUGGUGCAAUAAGAACAAAAUUAGGGAUUCAUUUAGGAAAGUGAAACUAAUGAUUUGUAAUUAAAUUAGUCAUCAUUUUAUGGGAGAAACUUGAUGGAUGAAAUCAUGUCAAGAGGUUAAACUAAAAAAUGUAUAUUUAAUUUUAAUUGAAAGUCAAUGUGUAUUAUGUGACUAAUUAUGGUUGCAUAGAAGGAGUUUUGACUGUGAAUAGUGAUGUCAUAUUAUUCGAUCCCAGUUUUGUUGAUAGAAAUAAAGAAUUAGUAUAAAAAUGUCAUAGUACAAAGCUAAAUAAUAUAUUUUAGAAUAAAGUAUCCUCAAUUUUUAGGCAUGUCUUAUGACUGAAGAUGUGAUAUCAGUUGAUUUAAAUGAACUACCUAUGAGAAUAGCAAAAUCAAAUUCUAAAUGCUUUAAAGACUAUUUAGUGAUGGUGCAUAUAAGUGCAAAUGUAUCCUGUAAAAAAUUGCUUGAAGUGUUGCCGAUUCUGACAUUCAGAGUAUGUAUUUUCAAUAAAAGAUAGAUACAAAAUGAUGAUGAUUAAAAAGAGUUUAAGGUUCAAAGCAUUGAUUUGUGCGAGACCUUGGCUGACGUUGUCAAAACAAAAUCAGAACGAAUGCUGGAUGAAUAGAAGAAGAAGGAACAAGAUCUAACGAUUAUUCCUUUUUAUGAUAUUUAAGAUGCAACUUUAACUGAGAAGUUAAUAGAGAGGACUAAUCAACUCUGGGGAGGGUAGGAUUUCAUUCCCUAAAUGGUUUCUGAAUCUUAGAUCUUGGAUAGUGAUGAAAUGAUUUAAGUAAUCAUAUAAUUUAUUUUAUAAUAGAUAAUUGCAUGUGUUCCAUCGAUUUAUAAGACAUCUAAUUGGAAAUUAAUCUUUUCAAAUGUUAUACAUGGUUCAUCUUAUUUGACAUUGCUAAAUAAUUGUGAAAACCAUUCUCCAUUAAUUUUAGCAAUCAAGGAUUUCAAUGAAUGCAAGUUCGGAGCCUUUUUAAAUGAGUCACCACAAUUGAUCUUUGGGAAAUUCUUUGGGAAUGGGGAAACUUUUCUUUGGACUUUUAAGGUAUUUUCAUGCAUGCCUAAAUUAGUAGAAUGAUUUCAAAACUUAUAAUUGGACAGAAGCAAAUAAUUAUUUUAUAUUUUGUGAGUCCGAUGGAUUGGCAGUUGGAUGCGGAGAAAAGUUUGGUUUGUAUGUCAAUCAUUCUCUGAUGCAUGGGAACACCAAUUCAUGUGAGACCUAUAAAAACGAAAUCUUAUCAACAUCCAACGAUUUUAGUAUAUAAAUACUUGAAAUCUGGGGAUUAAGUGAAUAAUGAUGUCUCUUAUGAUAAUUCAUUUUACCUGUUUAAUUAAAGUAAUCUUUCUAUUUAUGGUUAAAACCUAUAAAUCAUUGAAAUUUAGGCCUUGGGAUCGUGAACCUAAGGAGUUAAAAUU